CCAAGCUUUUUUUGUACAUUAACAAAAAUGAAAAAAUACAUGUAAAUGAAUACAAGAACAGUAUAAAGUUUUAAUUUUGCGCACAUUUACCCCCUUUUCUCUCUCUCACUUUCACAUAAAUAUUUACAAUUCUUAUACCUGUUUUUUAUAUUUGUUUGCUAGCUCUAUAUGUUUUCGUUUUUCAAGCCCAAAGACAUUACGGUAAGAUGCCAGGGCCUUACCUCCAAAUCAUUCACCCUUCCAGACUACUCCACCAACACAGAGACCUUCAAGCAGCAAGUAUUUGAAAAGUUAGAAUACGCCCCAGCCAAGCACACCCUGUACGUCAGCAACCAAAACAUUAUAAUUGAAAACGGCCUCAACACCAUCCUGCCCAAGGACAACUAUAUUGAUGUGCGCAUUGACCCGCGCGAAAUAUUCAUCUCGCUCACGUAUGAUAGCCAAAAAUUUGAAAACGACUCGGUGAGGACUUUGGAAACAGUGGCUGAUGUCGUUGCAAAUACUACUGGACUGACGAGGGAGGAGGUCGAUAAGUGCACGCUGAGAGAUUUGGUUACGGAAACGGCGAUUAAAAUGCAUAAGUCGUUUGCGUAUAAUGGAUUAACCUUUGAUAAGGCCGAGCGGUUUAAUCUGGAGCUUAAUAGGCAAUUUAUGACAGACUAUUUGUUUGUUGAGCAUGAACUGCAGGUUGUUGCUGCCGCUCAGUUUGCCUCGCUCGUGGUGAAUUUGUUCCCCUUUGAAUCGGUGCAAGAAAGAGUGGACAUUGUCUCAGGUGUAUAAAUGUGUGUCUAUAAUUGAGUAAAAC